UGGUGGCUGUCGGGGCCGCGCGGGUUUCCGCGGUUUGUACCCCUUCUCAGUCCCGAAACCCACACCGCGUGGGUCAGAACUGAGUUUCCAGCGUGACCUCCGGGUUUUUCUAAUGCCGCCCGUGUCCACGCUGCAGGGUCGCUUCAACCAAACUGACGGGCAUUGUCACGUCCCUGCUCCUCAAGCCACAGGGCCUGCGCGCCUGCUGCUCCACCGAGAGGAAAAGGAGCUGGUAGCUUGGCAGAGAGCCCGGAUGCAGCUCAACCCUGGUAGAACACAUCACCUGCAAAAGUUCAAAUAUAUGCAGAAAAACUUAGAAUCACUCAAAAACGUGAACUCCCGUAUCUUGGUUGGAGCCCCUCCUGUGGAAAAAAAGCUGCUGACCAUAGGGAUUUCUUCAGUGCAGCGUCCCCAGGGGAACCACCUCGUGGACACCCUGCAGUCUCUCUUCUUUGCCUCCUCCUCAUCUGAGCGGAAGCACGUCACUGUUCUGGUACACCUGGCAGGUCCGGACCCCAAGUGGCUUGUACAAAUGAUCUACAAUCUCUCAGCCCUGUUUAAACCACACAUCCAGGCCAGAGAGCUAGUAGUGAUCACUACUCCUCUCACCAGCUACCUUCCCUUGAAGGACCUUGAGAAGACCUUUAACAACCCUCCAGCCCACGAAGCCUUCCACUCCAGACAGAACAUGGACUAUGUCUCCCUCAUGAGUUUUGCUACCCCCUACUCUGACUACUUUCUGAUGGUCGAAGAUGACGUGAGGUGCGCCCCCGGAUUUGUCACCCAGAUAAUUACCACAGUGUCUGCCUGGGCAAGCAGUCCUUGGGUGAUGCUGGAGUUCUCUCCCCUGGGUCUCACUGGGACACUUUUCCACACUGGAGACAUGUCCCACUUUGUCCCCUUUGUGCUCCUCUUCCGAGAAAUGCCCUGUGCCGACCUCCUUUCCCAUUUUCAGGACCUCUCCAAUCGCACCCGGGUCCAGUUCCUGCCCUCCCUCUUCCAGCAAGUAGGCAACUCCUCCUCCUUUGAGGAAGAUGACUUUGGCUCUCCCAGCAACCCUGCUGCCUCUGUCCACACCAGCCUAAAGGUCGCCAACAACUCUGUUCCCUCAAAUGCCUACAGCCUGGAUGAGAACUUCUUUUACACCAAGUCGGCUGAGCCUGGCAGCCAUCUAACUAUAGUUUUAAAAGUACCUGCCCAUGUGUCCCGAGUUGAAGUGCUGACUGGCUCUGACCUGAGAGGCAAGAAUCAGCUGGAAGAGGGACAAGUAGAACUGGGCUGUGAUUCUACAAACAAGGUCAGUGACUGUGACGACUAUGUUCUGCUGGGGCUACUGGCAAAUGGCAUUCUGAAUAAGCAGGUGUUGUCUUACAAGUCUGCGAAGAAGGUGAAAUGUGUGAGAUUGCUUGUGACAGCCCAUGCACCCUCUGGAGUAGUGGUCAGGCACAUCAACCUCUGGACCAAGUGAAGUUUAAGUGAUAAAUGUGCUCUUGGUCCCAGAGCCACUGGUGGAUGAGGUGGGCUUGUUAAAACCCUGCCUUGUUUUCUCUCCAAAAGGCCUACCAUUCAGAAUUCUCCCCUUGAGGCAGGAAUACCCGACUUCCAGAAACAGCAGGAGCACGUGGGUAGGACUGACUGACGCUCAUAUCACAAGACUAGCCACACAACAGAGGAUGGGGGCCUCUCCACUAGCAGAAAUGGACUCAUUAAAGGCUGAACUUCCUGUGUGGCAGGAGAGGAACACA